AUGGCGCACAUUUGUCUGCUUGCGUUAAUUGGGCUGCCGGCAGCCGGCAAAACGCAUUUAAGCAAUUGGCUGCUGAAGCAGAAACUGAACAACUGGAACGUUUUGCACUUGUGCUAUGACCACUAUUUGGACAAUAAUACAGACUACAAGGCACAACGCUAUAACAUACUCAACUUGUUGAGCCAACUAAUCGAUGCACUUCGGAUGUCGUCACCUCAACUCGUCCUGCCGAUGACAACCAACGAAAGCAGUAACUAUUUAAUAGUUUGUGACGAUAAUCAUUAUUAUCACAGUAUGCGCUACAAACUGUAUCAGCUGUGUCGCUCUCGUGGCUGCCUCUAUGCGCAGCUGUAUCUUGCCACACCGUUGUCCACCUGUUUGCAACGCAAUGCGGCACGUGAGCAACAACAUCAAGUGCCUGCUGCGAUUAUAGAACAAAUGCACAAACGUCUUGAAGUGCCCAACAAUCAAAAUUGGCAGCGACAUCAACUCACAAUCCAAGAAUUGAAUAAUGUUGUAAUUUGUGCUUUUGUGGACACUUUGCUGAAUUGCCAAGUCGAUGAUGCACUGCCUCCGACUCCAGCCAUCAAGCAGUCGCAGCAAUUGCAAACGCAAUCACAUCAAUUGGAUCUGCGUCUAAGGAUGAGAAUACAAUCGUUGAUGCGGCAGCACACAACUGAAAAGGCUGCCCGAAGCUGUGAGUUAAAUGCACAGCGUCGACAGCUCUUGGCGCAGUUUAAGGCUCAUGAAAAGUUGCAGCCACAGCCGCAGCCGUUGGAUUAUUAUGUUAAUUUGUUAAACUAAUGUGUACAUAAGAGAUCAUAUUACU